GGAUGCACAGCGCCAGAGUGCCCCGUUCCCAUAGCAACAAAGAACCGAAAACAGCUUCUCCCGCUAGGACAACGGAGAGAGCCAGGUGAUGGAACCCAUUUACGAUGUCCUCUACUAGCAACACAAUGAUGGCCCUAGAUGACUGUUUCCUCCGUAUUAUAGUGCCAGAAGAUAGUAAGUCAGAAAUCUACACAAGAAGCAGAGGCAGUAAUGAAUCUCCUAGGACCAGUAAGAGCACCAGAAGUAGCAGAAUUAAUGAUUAUAGUAGGUGCAGUAGAGAAUGUGAAAGUGAAAGUUCUCAUGUUAACUAUUCUGAUGAUUUUCUCACUGACUAUUCUGAAUCAGUUGGCAAUAGCAAUUAUUUAGAACUGUCAGGAACCAAAUUGAAGAAACUACAGAAGAAGAAAAAUAAGAAAAAUGGUCAGCCAAAAGGAGGCAAGAAGUUGCCACCUAAGAAGAUGCAAUUCCAGAAUAUUUCAUUUUUAAGUACUCAGAAUAAUAUGGUUUCCCAGAAAAAAGAUGCUACGGCUCAACGUAUAUUAUCUGCAAGACUUCACAAAAUUAAAGAGCUGAAAAAUGAACUGUCUGACCUCCAGCAUAAACUAGAAGCUUCAAACUUAGAAAACCAGCUUCUGAAACAGCUUCAGUAUCGGCACUUGAAAGCAAUAGGUAAAUAUGAAAAUGCGGAGAAUAACUUGCCUGAUCUUAUAGCAAAACAUUAUAGUGAGGUAAGAACUCUAAGGGGACUCCUUAGGAAGUCUCAGGAACAGGAGCGAAAUACAUCCAGGAAGCUCAGAGAAGUUGAAUCAGAGCUGUUAAAGACUAAAGAUGACUUGCAAGUGUUGCAGAAACUUUCAGAAGACACGAAUCUUGCAGAGAGAGAGGAACUUACUCAUAGAUUAUCAAUCCUUACAGAAAAAAUGGAAGCAAAUGAUAAGAGAAUACAGGGCUUAGAAAAACAGCUGAAGUUGAACAGUAGCAUCUUUAGUCGUCAAUUGGCAGCUGAGAAUAGGAAGACUGUAGCAGCUCGGACAAUCACAAAGAACUUGCAAAUGGAAAUUAAGUCUCUACAACAAAAAAUUAAGGAAAAGGAACGAGAAGUUGGUAUAAAAAAUAUCUAUGCAAAUCGGAUGCUUAAAAGUCUACAGGACAAAGCUGAUCUAGUACCUCACAAAAAAGGUGUUAGUUUAAGCAAAUCAGUACAAGUAAAUAAGCAGAAUUUUAAAUCAGCACAGGUUUCACAUCAUCAAAAACAAGGAAUAGUCAAGAGUGCAGCUCUGUGCCUAGAGGAGAAAAAAACAACUGAAGACAGAAAUGGAAAAGUAGAACCCUAUGAAGAUACAAAACAUAAGAUAGAAAUUGAACCAAUCACAAAACCAUCAAAGCAAGAAACUUUUAAUAGAACAUGUAGAGAAUUUUUAAGUGAUGAAAUACAGCUCAUGGAAGAAAAAACUCACUUUGAAUUUAUGGAAAGAAAGAAGAAAAAGAGAGAAGUGCAAGAAAGGAAAGCUGACUUACUGAAAGAAGAACUAGAGAAACUGAUGAAAGCAGGACAAAUUCGACCUACAAAUGGUGUCCCAAUAAGGAAGAAUAAUCAGGAAAAAGUUGUAGCAGAAGAGAAUGAAAGGGAGGAGAGAAAAAGUAAACAACUAAGUGACAAAGGAGCAGCAGAUGAUAAAAGUGUAACUCCAACUCAGAAUAACAGAACACCCACUAGACUAAAAAAACAGUAUACAUUCACAGAAGCCACUGAAAACUUGCAUCAGGGGCUUCCUGCAUCUGGUCCAGCAUCCAACACAGGCAGCCUCCGCAAGAACAGACAAGCAGGUGGACACCAGAGUGAGAUAGCUGAAUUGAAGGCAAGAAAUUCAUUUGGCAUAUACAAGCCAUCAUUUGGUAAAGUUACCAAAACAAGGCAGAAAGAUGCAGAGGAUGGAAGCUAUGUUCGUACAACGCUAACUGAGAGAAAAACUCUCUUAUGGAAGAACUCUUUGGACCAAGCUAUGUCUUAAACAACCACUCAACCCCUAACACUAAAGAGCUUGAUAAAGAACAAACAACUGUGGACAAUGAAAGGUUACAUAAUUACACAAGUGAGAUU